ACCUGCCUUUAUUCGUCCGGCAGAGAUUUAUACACAUAAGUAGCUAGUAUGUAUGUAUAUCCUAUCGCCAACUCAUACGCUCUACAACGAUAAAGGUGUUCCAGUUUCGCCUCUGGUAUAGGAAAUAAUAAGGCACUACACCACGCUAAUUAGCGUUAUCUUUAUAAUUGCAUUCCCCACGGGCGCCUCAUGCUAGGCCGAUAGCUGCAAUAGCUCGGAUCGAGCGACACAACUGAAUGCGGAUAGGUCUAAAAUUAGCACGCUGCCGCCAUUAGCAGACGACUUGUAGGACGAGCGAGCUUUGUGUAGCGGUCUUCAGAGGAAAGCUUUUGUGUCUGCGUUCUAGUCAUUGAUCACGUGAAACUUUUACCUGGACUUAGCAGCAUAAAACUUGUUUACUAACAUAAUCUGAUGAUGUAGCAGUGCGGUGGCUAAAGUCAAUCUCGUUUUGUGAACACAUCCGCCAUCUUACUCGCAUUCAAUCGGUCGCAUGUGUAUAUAGCGCUAUGCUGGAAUAGUGUAUAGCUGCUACAAGGAACAAUGGCGGCCGCUGAAAGCUCGACUAACAGGAACUAUUUAGACCGUUUUAGAAACGCACAGAGAAUUCGAGUCAACUGGAGUGAAAUUCUUGGUACCGACGUGGACCGAUUUGUGUGUGGGCAUGCCGCUAUUUUGAGCUGUGCUAAGGACUUGCUGCUUUGUCCCCUACUGACCGCGGUGGCUAGCUGUAUGGGACCUAACACGGUCAUACACGUGGGUCAACACUGGCAAGAGACCCCUGUACUGUGGACAGUCGUAGCAGCUAGACGUGGCGAGAGGAAAUCCACAGUCUUUAGAAAAGUGUUAAGUGAAAAUCUAAAACUUGAACAAGAGAUCGGGGCCCUGAAUAGUGUCAAUAAUGAUCAGUCUGUCCCUAGGCAGAUUAUUGAUGAACAGAAUAUCAAACGUCUGUUUCAGUCGGAACAGGAUAUUUCCACAGAUCACAAAGAUGCCCCAUGUUCUGUGUACAUGGUAUUAGACGAUCUUGGGUCGUGGAUUUCACGCAAUGAAAUUGAAACAGAACGGAAGGCUUGGGACUACGGCAUUUUUAGACGAUUAUAUGAUGGUCCAGAUUCCCCGGAGACAAACCAAGGCUGUCAAAACUACAUUCAAAACAAAUAUAUAAACUUUUCUGCAAACGUUCAAGCGUUGGAUCUUCCCGCCAUUUUUGACCAAUGUGAUAAUGAGGGACUGCUGGAGAGAGCACUGUUGCUAUGCGCGCCCGACUGGUGUCCGUCCUUGGACAAGAGUGAGGAGAUGUCACACAACUCACCGUCAUUGCAGUCGGUCCUAUCGUCAGUCCGUAACCUUCAUCAGGUUCAAACGAUCACCUACACAUUCAGCCCGGACGGACAAACAGAACUACAGAAGUGUUUUGAUGACAUCCGGAACAUCAAAGAACGAUACGUGGAUUACGAACGAUGUCGAGGGUCAGUGAACUUUGCUUCCGGUCACGUGGUCAGAUUAUGUGCCGUACUAAUAGCGCUGCAAAAUGGCUUAGCGAUGGUCAACCGUGGUUCUUUUCUUCCUCCGAAGAUAAUUGACCAGGACACAGUUCGGAAAGCCUACUCUUUAGUUCUUGGCAUUCUUCGUCAGAAGAUCGCGUUGUUACUAGAUCCACCAAAAGAUGAACACACCAAAAAUAGAAUGACACAUGCGCACCAAUCACAGAUGGAGACUGCGCCGGAUGAAGAGUUUGAAUCCGCAGAUUCCAAGAACUUCAAAGUAACGACGUCAUGUAUUGUUAGCGAGGAGAUGGAUACAAAGGACAUCAUCGAAAUAGAGGACAGAGAAGAAUAUGACAACGACGACGAUAUUCCACGAACUGCAACUGUGAGCAAGAUCGACCUAUCUAACGUGCCGUCCAGCUCUAUAGACUUCCAGAUUUCUGACAUCAGGUCUGAACCGUACGUACCUUCUAGUAACGAUAUCAUGAUUCUCCGUGACGGUUAUACUACGUCGUAUACAGCCCCGAGGUCACACAACAUUGUGGCGCCCUCUGGUGGACCGGUGUUUCCUGAUCAACAGAUGGACGUGGGACAGAUCAGUAAUAUGCUUGCGACGAACAUCACCGGAAAUACGUCACUUGUCACUGCCACGAGCGGGUAUUCACAACAGAACUUCGACAACCAACCUCCCGUGCCAGUGUCCAUUCAUAAUUUGAAUCUUUUGGCACAUGACCAGACGCAAUCUAGCGCUGGAGCGUCAAGUUCAAACUCGGGACGUAGUCCACAGUCUAGUUAUAGACCGAUGCCCAGGCAGAUAUUCGCAAAUAAAGCUAAACUGAACAACAGGUAUUCCAGCAAUCUUUACAGAAUGCCGGAUGGCGAAUUCCUAUUUAAAUGUUGUCAAAAGAUUCGGAAGUUAUUAACAUCCAAAGGGCGGGUUGUCACUGCGUCUCAUGCUUGUCAGUACCGCUUGUUCCCGCCGGUACCACUUGAGCAGCGCGUGUCAUCACCAAGGACAACACAUCCUGCCUGGGCAGCUACAAAGUUCUUCGAAAAACUCGAAUCCUUAGGUUUAGGAUGUUUGCUGGUGUUUAGAGGACAAUCUAUCAAGUUUCAAAAAAAUAAGUUGGAGGACAUGACGGAUGAUGCACGUCAGAUUCUUGCAAAGAUUCGACUCUCUGAACAAGAUUAUGUCGACUCGUUCUCGACUGCUACCCGCCAACCUACAGUUACAUUUGGUGCUCAUAGUCAGGUAGACAUGUCUAACACGUGACUUUAUGUGUUACAGGGUUUACUACGAGGUGUUAAGGUGACGGACUUUGUCUCUUUACUGUUUAAAAGUUGCUGCUAAGUGAGAAAGGCCAGGGAGACCCUGAGAAAUGGCACAAUAUCAGCACGAAGAGCAGAUCACUGAAUUAAACCAAGACAAUUUUCUCGGGCAAAAGGUCAAAGCUCACAAAGUUAAAGUUCAAAAAUAAAGACAAUUUAUAAUAGAAGUUUUGUCAAUUACUCGACCAACACGCGCGUGUUUGUGUGAUUGUGUACAUGACUUUGUCUGGUACGCUGUAAAUUAUAUAAUUAUGUCUAUGACGUCAGAUUCAUUUUAUGUGCAGGUAGACACGUUUUUGCAUCAGUUUAAUGGACGUUCCAUAACUCACGUAAAUUCCUUAACUCGUUAUUUUGAAAAAACGUUUUUUUUUUUU